AUGCGGCGGAGCCUUGAGCUUGAUUGGCUGGUGUGGCUGCUCCUGGUAGGGUCUCGCGACGCCUCUGGCAACCCCAAAACUCGGAACGCUGCUGCAGAGGAGCUGUGUAUGCUCCUGAGUCAGGUGUUCCAGAUCGUUUACACAGAGUCCACCAUCGACUUCCUGGACAGGGCCAUAUUCGACGGGGCGUCCACUCCCACCAGACACCUCUCUCUCUACAGCGACGAUUCUUCCAGCAAAGUGGACGUGAAGGAGCCGUUUGAAACAGAGGCGAGCACUCUCUCCUUCCCGGGGUCUCUGGAUGGGGGCGGUAACUCCCCCUCCUCCUGCUCCUCCACUCCUGCGUCUCCUCAGAUCAAAACCGUGAGCGAGGGGGAGCUCAGUACCACUGCUGCAGAGCUGCUGCAGGACUACAUGACCACGCUGAGGACCAAGCUGUCGUCUCAGGAGAUCCAGCAGUUCGCCAUGCUGCUGCACGAGUAUCGCAACGGCUCGUCCAUCCACGAGUUCUGCAUCAACCUGCGGCAGCUGUACGGGGACAGCAGGAAGUUCCUGCUGCUGGGCCUGCGGCCCUUCAUCCCGGAGAAGGACAGCCAGCACUUUGAGAACUUCCUGGAGACGAUCGGCGUGAAGGACGGGCGGGGCAUCAUAACGGACAGCUUCGGCCGGUACCGGCGGGCGGUGAGCUCCGCCUCCGGCUCCACCACCAAUGGGAACGCGGCGGGGGAGGAGUCGGAGGAGCAGCGCGCCCCCUCGGAGGGGGACGAGUGGGACCGCAUGAUCUCCGACAUCAGCAACGACAUCGAGGCGCUGGGCUGCAGCAUGGACCAGGACUCCUCCUGA